UAAAGGAAUCGUUUUACUUUAACAUAUAAUGCAUAAAGCGAUUGAGAUUCAGAGAAACGUUCGAGAUAAUGCCAAGAUUUUCCAAACAUGUAUAACAGAUUUGCAAAAUUGGGAGAACGAAAUGAAACGUAAAGAGGCCGCGCUUAACGGCGAUCUUGUUAAGGAUCUGCCGCCUGUUAGAAGUAAAAUAAAAAGGGAAAGACCAACAGAAGUAAAGAAAACACCUGGAAAAAGGAUUUCUGCUCAAGACUACAAAGCGUGGGAAAAAUUUGAUGUUGAAAAAGCAUGCGAGGAAGUAGAUAUGGCUGAGAUUGGACCAGUGUCCUUAGAUAGCAAGAAGAGUGAUAAAGACAAGCUGGAGAAGCUCCGAGAAGAAGCACAGUAUGAAAAAGAGAGGGGUAAUGCAUUUGUUAAGGAAGAGAAAUGGGACGAAGCGAUCAAAUGUUACAACAGGGCUAUCGAACUGAUCAAAGAUGAUGCUAUAUACUAUGCUAAUAGAGGACUGUGUUACCUCAAGAAAGACAGUCUACACCAAGCGGUGGCAGAUUGCACCGCGGCAUUAAACAUAGACCCAUCAUACGUGAAGGCGUUACAACGUCGUGCCACCGCGAGGGAACGCCUCGGCUCCCUCCGGGCUGCCUCCGCUGACCUCAACCAAGUCCUGACCCUGGAGCCGCGGAAUGCUGCAGCUAAGAAACAACUGGAAGCCAUCAAGAUACGAAUGGGGACUAAAGGUUCGAAAUCUAAAUCAUCGCCGAUCGCGGAACGUAACAAUGAUCCAAAGUCACCAAAGAUUGAAGAAUUGGACAAUACAUCUGGGAUGAAUAGGUUUCCAUCAAAGCACAUGCUAGAGAAGUGGAGGUCAGGUGAAUGGGAAGGCUACAGUGUUCUGAAGCCAGUGAAAAAACCACCACAUCUUAGAUCAAAGAGAGCCUUAAAAACUAUAUCUAUAGAAGAGAUACCGUUUGGUGUAGAAUGGAAACCCGCUAAUCGUAUGAAGAUCAUAGAAAUCGACAAUCACGACCACGGUGAUAGCAAUAAUAAUGAUUCAAACAAAACCAAAGAUGAGAUAAAAGUUAAAAAAGGAGACGGAGACAUGAAAAUAACCCCAGAAUAUCAAGUAAAAGAUGAAGGAAAUGGUGAUUCUUUGAAAGAAUCUUUUAAUAUCAACGAUAGUAAUGGAAAUCCGGACCCAAAUGUUACUUCGGAAUCCCUGAAGCUGAUAAUAGAUGAAGUGACAACGGAAAAGGAGAUCUGCAUCAAGGAUUUAGUCCCACCAAUGAAUAGUGUGCAGUUUAUGUCCGAAUGGAAGAAUUUGAAAGGACAAAAUGCAGCUAGAAACAAAUAUUUGAGUAUUAUCGAACCAUCCAAAAUACCAUCAAUCUUCGCGAAUGCUUUAGAAAGUGACGUAUUGUCUGAGAUAUUACAAAUUCUGUCUCAAGACAUGGAUAUGUUUAGUAACAAAACUGUCACCGCAUAUCUCAAAGGAUUGGUCAAAGUUAAAAGAUUUUCUGCUCUAGCGAUGUUCCUCUCUACUGCAGACAAACAAUGUCUGAACAAACUCUUGGAGCAUUGCAAAAAUGUGGAAAAAUGUGCCGAAGAAGAUAUACUUGAUCUGAAGAACAAAUUCGAACUUUAAAUUACUUAUAUUUAAGGCCUGUCCCACCACUAACAGAUAGAGCCUAAGAUAGCUUAAAAAUGACGUGAUUCUCAGAUAUGCGAACAAAAGCUGAUAUUUCCACCGCAUAUUUUACAUGUUGGGUUAUCAGACAAUUUACAAUAUGGUGGGACAGGCCCCUUAGAAUAAUUAAACAUUCAUUCGUUAGUUUUCUUUAAAUUACUGUGGAUUUCCCCUAAAUAAACCUUUAUUGCAAAAAAAAACA